AUGGCUAAGGAAUUAAAGGACGCAGUUACCAGAGAGUACACCAUCAACUUACACAAGAGACUCCACGGUGUCACCUUCAAGAAGAGAGCACCAAAGGCCGUCAAGGAAAUCAAGAAGUUUGCCAAGUUACACAUGGGCACUGACGAUGUCAGAUUAGAUCCUAAGUUGAACGUUGAGUUAUGGAAGAAGGGUAUCCAAGGUGUUCCAUUCAGAUUAAGAUUGAGAAUCUCUAGAAAGAGAAACGAGGACGAAAACGCAAAGUCCACCAUGUUCUCCUUCGUUGAGGCUGUCAAUGUUGCUUCUGCAAAGGGUUUACAAACCGUUGUUGUUGAAGACGAAGAAUAA